AUGCCAAAGCUACCUACCCCAAAGUGUCUAUGGAAACCACCAUCUGACAACACGUCAAUACAUCGUUUCAUCAGGUUUGUCAAUGACAGGCAUGACUUGAAACUUGCAAAUUACUACGAAUUGUGGAAAUGGUCUGUAACAUCCAUAGAAGACUUUUGGGCCUCUGUCUGGGAGUUCACGGAGAUUGUGUCUUUCUUGCCACCAACAGAGAUUCUACAAAAGGGAAUACCAAUGAACAAGAUCCCACUGUGGUUUUCUGGCGCACGUCUCAACUUUGCUCAAAAUCUCUUGAGAUACAAGGACGACCGUGAUGCGUUGAUUGGAACUGGUGAAAACGGUGAUGUUUCUAAAUUAACAUACGCCGAGCUAUACAAUCAAGUCACUAUGGCUGCAAGCGCAAUGCGUAAAGCUGGUGUUGUCGCAGGCGACGUAGUUGCCGGUUAUUGCAGCAAUUGCAUUGAGAAUGUUGUAGCAUUUUUGGCUGCUACGUCGAUUGGUGCAAUAUGGACUAGUGCGAGUCCUGACUUUGGAGUGCUGGGUGUUUUGGAGAGGUUUGAUCAAGUCAACCCCAAGCUUCUUGUGUCUGUCAAUGCUGUCUGCUACAAUGGAAAGGUCUGGGAUCAUAUGGAGAAACUCAAACAGGUCGCAGCUGGUCUAUCAAAUUUACAAAAAGUCGUUGUCAUUCCAUUUGUGUCUGAUACCAAGUUCGAUAUGGCCGGCAUACCAAACUGCAUAAAUUGGAAUGAUUUCCUCCAAAAACAAGAUAAAGUUGCAGAGCUCAAGUUUGAGCAACUCCCAUUCAAUCAUCCACUGGUUAUUCUAUACUCAAGCGGAACAACCGGCAAACCCAAAUGUAUAGUCCACUCUGCGGGUGGAAUACUAAUUCAACACCUGAAGGAACAUAUAAUACACGGCGGCAUGACGAGAAACGAUGUCUACUUUUACUACACCACCACAGGCUGGAUGAUGUGGAAUUGGUUGGUAUCUGGUCUAGCAACGGGUGCCACGGUCGUGUGUUUCGAUGGUUCACCAUUUAAACCAACACCAGAGGUACUCUUUAGCCUCGUCGACCGAUUCGGCAUAACGAAAUUCGGAACAUCGGCGAAAUACAUACAAACACUGCAAGAAAACAAGAUCAUCCCCAAUUCGAAAUACUCGCUUAAAACUUUGGAUUCGAUAUACUCAACUGGAUCACCGCUCAAACCCGAAUCAUUCGACUAUGUAUAUCAAUGCAUUAGCCCAACUGCCAUGUUGGCAAGCAUAACGGGAGGGACAGAUAUCUGUUCGCUGUUUGGUGCGCACAAUAUUGCGCUACCUGUGUACCGCGGAGAGGUCCAGUGUAGGGGACUUGGAAUGAAGGUUGAGGCAUGGGAUGAGAGUGGUAAACCUGUUGUAGAUGAGACCGGCGACAUGAUGUGCAUUGAACCAUUCCCAGUAAUGCCCGUGUACUUUUGGGACGAUAAGGAUGGAUCCAAAUAUACUGGAGCAUACUUUUCAAAGUUUGAAGGCGUCUGGUAUCAUGGUGAUUUCAUGUUCAUCAAUUCUGAAACUGGAGGGAUUACCAUGUUGGGGAGAAGUGACGGCACACUGAAUCCAGGCGGUGUGAGAUUCGGAAGUGCGGAACUCUACAACAUUCUUGAAAACUAUCCUCAGGUUGCUGACUCGUUAGUGGUCGGACAGAAGCUUGGUGACGAUGAACGUGUCGUGAUGUUCCUCAAAAUGGGAACAGGCCAAGAAUUCAAUCAAAAACUGGUAUCCGACAUCAAGGAACGAAUCAGGAAAUUGCUUUCAGCUAGACAUGUGCCUGCAUUCAUACUGCCUAUUGCAGAUAUUCCUCAUACGUUAACGGGCAAGAAAGUAGAGGUAGCAGUAAAGAGAAUUAUCAGUGGAGAAUCAGUCGCUCCCUCUGGAGCACUAGCAAACCCUGAGUCGCUGAAGCUAUAUUACAAUAUUCCGGAAUUGAAAGUUUGA